AACAAGGGCAUAUUGCAAUAAUGUUGAGGGUCGGCGUGGUGGGAUUGGGCCGGAUGGGGUCGGGUAUGGCUCUCAACGUUGCCAAGGCGGGGUUCCCUCUGGCCAUCUAUGACACGGAGGAGGGGCGGACGCAGGAGCUGAGGGAGGGCUGGGUGAAGGACAAGCACCUCCCAACAGGACCGGGAGGUCUGUCGACGCCCCACCUCCACCUCCUCGAGUCCCCCGCGGACGUGAUGCUGGCUUCGGACGUGUGCUUGGUGUGCGUGCACACGGAGCAGCAGUCGGUGGAGGCCUUGGCCGGGGAGGACGGGCUCUUGGCGGUUGGGUCAAAGGUCAUGGCCGACAAGAUCAUAGUGGACCACGGAACAGUCUCUCCAAGCUUCGCGAAAAGUAUGUCCAAAGCCGUGAUCAAAGGAGGGGGCGCGUUUCUGGACGCGCCAAUAAGCGGCGGCCCGCAAGGCGCCCUCGAAGGGACGCUGUCGAUCAUGGUCGGAGGCAAGGAGGAGCACCUCAAGACUUGCUUGCCCGUGCUUGAGGCGAUGGGGAGUCGCAUCGAGCACAUGGGGGGGUACGGGGCCGGGGCUGCUGCGAAGCUGGUGAACCAGCACUUAGUCAUCACGAACACCGUGGCGGCGUGCGAAGCGUACGUUCUCGCGAGGCGGUUAGGGCUCGGCGAUACGGCGAAACUCAAGGCGCUCCUGGAGGCAUCUUGGGGCCACAGGCGAGGAUGA